AUGUCACACAACGCCAUGGAAACCCACUCAAUCGACCCCUUUCUCACGCAACCCGAUCGCCUGGUGCUGGACCUCCUGCUACAGGAUAUUCAGAACCCGAGAAAACCCACCAGCGGAGACCUCGGCUCGGGGCAAUCGGGUGAUGAAGGCCACACAAAACAGCUUGGUGAAGGGAUUUCACGUUUAGAAGGGCUUAACGACGAAAGCAGCAGCAGCUUUCGGCCCACUGUUUUCACAAGCUGGGAUCAGGAGGACUUUGAACGCCUUCCGGAGUCGGUAAAUAAACUUAUUCUCCAGCCAUACAUACGAUGGGCACGAGGAGUAGUGCGUAGGGAGACGGAUGUCGUAUUUCUGACCCACAUCAUCCUCUAUCUUACCACGUCGGUCCCAAGCGCCAUCACCCUUUACGCUUACUUUUCGUGGCCUCAUGCUAUCUGCCAUUGGAUUAUGCAGGGGCUUUAUUGCGGGCCCUUUACCCUCCUGCUCCAUAAUCACAUCCACAACAAUGGCGUCUUGGUUGAAGGAUAUAAGUGGCUUGAUAGGUCGUUUCCGUAUAUCUUGGAACCGCUCAUGGGCCAUACUUGGCACUCAUAUUACUAUCACCACAUCAAAUGCCACCAUGUCGAGGGGAACGGUCCAGAUGACGUAUCCUCCACAAUACGAUAUCAGCGCGACGAACUUGCCGACUUUCUGAUGUACUGGGGUCGUUUUAUGUUCUUUAUCUGGAUAGAUCUUCCAUUGUACUUCAUCCGGAAGAACAAGCUACGUUUGGCCUUCGAGUUCUUUUCCUGCGAGAUGCGGAUCGGAUUGAUGGCUGGGAAUUGGAGCCAGCAUGCGCUGGUGGACGAGAAUGAUCCAGACUCUGACUUCAGGUCAAGCAUCACCUUGAUCGACGUAGCUAGUAAUCGGCACUGCUUCAAUGACGGAUGGCAUACAGCGCAUCACCUUAAUGCUCUUCGCCAUUGGCGUGAUCAGCCGCUCAGCUUCCUCAAGACGAAGAGCAAGUACGAGGAUGGAAAAGCUCUCGUGUUUCACAAUAUCGACUAUAUGAUGAUGUUCGUCAAACUUAUGCAGAAGGACUAUGAACAUCUCGCUCGUUGUUUGGUGCCAAUUGGAGACCAGAUUGGGAUGAGCAAUCAAGAGUUGGCGGAUAUAUUGAAAAUCAAAACACGGAAGUUCACAAGAGAUGAUAUUCAACGAAAGUUUGUCAAGCGCAAGAAGCGAUAG